CAGAAAGUUAUCCAAGAAUGGUUGCGGCACACAGGAGAUUGCCUCCAUUAUUUAUUUAAAAAAGUGACAUAAAUAAAAAUUAUCAUCGUUCUCGUUGAAAGACUUUGAAGAUGAAUUUCUGGCGGUUGACUUUUGGAUCACCCCGUACACAACUUGAAGGGGUGGAAUGUGGCGGGUGGUAUAAAUUUUCUGAGGGCGCGCAUCGUGCUCGUCAAAGCCUGAAACUCGCACUAGUAGGUAAGCAGAAGCGCAAGAGUGAAGAGUCGAAGGAAACCUCUCUUUCUCUGCGUCGCACCCAAUUUCAUUUGUACGAUUUGCGAUUUGAGUUAGUUCCGUGUCCAUGUAGUGCGCGAGUACUUUUUAUUCGAGGCAGUAUAGAGUUCCCACGAAAUCGCGAGAUUGCAAUUAAAAAAGAUGGCUGAGGAUCAGCCGAGAUACAAAUUAAUAUACUUUAAUGCACGAGGUCGUGCCGAGCAUAUUCGCUACAUAUUCGCCUAUGCGGGCAUCAGUUAUAUCGACGAGAGAAUUUCCAACGAUCAUUGGCCUGAACUUAAAAAAUCAAUGCCUUACGGAAUGCUGCCAGUUCUGAAGAUAGACGGUAAGCCGGUAGCGCAAAGUAACGCCGUGGCACGUUACCUGGCUCGCGAGCACAAUCUCGCAGGCAAGGACGAAUGGGAUUCGAUGCUGUGCGAUAUAUUGGUCGAUACUCUGGGAGAUCUGAAACAAUUCAUCUUCCAAUAUCGUGCAGAGGAGGAUCUCUUUAAGAAGGAGGAGAAAAAGACAAAACUUCUAAAGGAAAUAAUUCCGUUCUAUCUAAAUAAGUUCGAGCAAACCAUCGCCGAGAAUGGUGGUUAUGCGGUUGGUUCCACGACUACGUGGGCGGAUUUUGUGUUUACGGUGGCGUUGGAGAACUUUGAGAACAUUUUCGGUGCAACCGCUUUAGAGAAUUAUCCGGCUUUACGUGGCUUGAAGAAACGAGUGCACGAAAUUCCUACAAUCACCGAUUGGCUGGCCACACGACCUCAUUCAGAAUUCUGAAUGUAUUUUUAAUAUUGUUUCAACAAUAGAAACCGGGAGGAACAUCGACAUCACAAACAAAACACAUAUUUUCACUCGAUUCAUCGUUCUAUGUUAUUGUGCAUGCAUAUACGAUCGAUCGAUUAAUCAUAUAGCAUAUCAAGCAAUAAUAUCUUUAUAUUUGUUAUUUAUUUUUUUUUUAGUUUUCGAGUAAUUCAAACCGUUCAAAUAUCGAGAGCUCGAACCUUAUAUACCACUAUUUUUUCUCGGCGUUUUUUUUUACGUCAUAGUUUACAUUGUUAUGAAAAAAGUCAUUUUAAGCAUAUAUAGUGUCACGUAUUACAGACUCAAAGUCACCUUAGGUGAGAUUCAACCUCACUGAGAAAGUUUCAAAUACCCGAAAUAAAAAUCACUUAUUGUUACUCGAGAUACAAACUCUUCUCAGCUGUGAUUCAAACCCUAUAACCAAAUAAGGUUCGAGUCUCGACUAAUGGGGUUUGAAUUGCAGCUGAGAAGGGUUUGUGUCUCGGCUAAAUGGCUUGUGAAUCUCUCAGUUAGGUUAAGUUUGAAUCUCAGCCAAAUAAAAUUUAAAAAUAUUUCAACAAAUAUUUAUAGUACAUACUAAACGCAUAAUAUUUAUUUUAGUGUAUUUCAGAUGUCGGUUUUUCGUGUAAGAAUCUUGUGAUAUCUUGCUGUAAUGUGUUAUUUUAGUGUUAAAUAGAUCGA